AUGUCUCAGACUCAGCAAUCCUCUCUCCUCUCCUCGCAAUUCAUUAAUGGCGUCUACAUACCCUCUAGCCUGCUGAUACUCGGUGUGGGCAUUGUCAAAUUUGAGUGGCUUCCUUUUGCAAUAGCUGUGUCGCUGGUACUAGGAGCAUGGAAGAUAUACAGUGCCGCCCCAGAGCUGGCCCCCAUGCCCGAGAAAAUGAUGGCCACGAACGCACUCAAGCCAGAUGUUUUUCAGGAUUUUCCUCUGAAGGAGAAGACAGUACUCUCGCACAACGUGGCAAUCUACCGAUUCAGCCUUCCAACUCCUACACAAAUCCUUGGUCUCCCGAUUGGCCAACACAUGUCCGUUGCAGCUACCCUUGAUGUGAAUGGCCAAUCUAAAGAAGUCAUACGCUCCUACACACCUAUCUCCUCCGACGAGAAUCUCGGCUACUUUGACCUCCUUAUAAAAUCAUACCCCCAGGGAAACAUUUCGAAACACAUGGGAACUCUCAACAUUGGAGACACCAUGAAGGUCAGGGGCCCCAAGGGUGCUAUGGUAUACGCACCAGGACUGGUCAAGCAUUUCGGCAUGAUCGCUGGUGGGACUGGGAUCACGCCGAUGCUGCAGAUAAUCAGAGCUAUUGUUAGGGGGAGACCCAGGAAUGGGGGAAGCGACACUACAGAGGUUGACCUCAUUUUUGCAAACGUCAACUACGAAGAUAUUCUGUUGAAAGAGGACCUGGAUGCUCUGGCAAAGGAGGAUCCUCAUUUCAGGGUAUAUUACGUCCUUAACAGUCCUCCGGAAGAAUGGGAUGGCGGUGUCGGAUUCUGCACGCCAGACAUGAUUAAGGCUAAACUGCCUCCUCCAAGCCCUGAUAUGAAGCUCCUCCUCUGCGGACCUCCACCAAUGAUCAGUGCCAUGAAGAAAGCAACCGACUCAUUAGGCUACGAGAAGCCAAGGCCCGUCAGCAAGUUGGGCGAUCAAGUCUUCUGCUUUUGA